AUGACCGGACGACACAGACAAUCAUGGUAUCAGCUCUAUCUUUUAUCAUGUACGAGGGAAUUAAUUGACGGCACUGAUCAAUUAUUAGAUUUUAUUUAUAAUUAUGUAGAAAUUCCGAUCCAAAGUGUCUGUUCUUAUUGUAUAAAUUUCUCAUUGGUAUCUUCAAAUCGACCAUUGUGGUUCCAUUGUUUAAGCAAUUCGACUCAGAUACUUGCUCAAAGUUAUGUGAUAACAUUUGUGUUAUAUUUUCUCGGUUUCGUUCUCGCCAAUAUAUAUGCAUUUGCAAUACAAAAACAUUAUUUUCUCGAUCCAAUCCUUUCAAUUGAUCGACAAUGUUUGAAUAUUCAAUUUGUUCAUGUCAACAAUGACAAACCAAUUUUCACUGAUACGCCUUUAAAAGAAAAUUUUCUUCGAGAGAAUCUUAUUAUCGGUCAAGAAUCUCCUCGAAAUAGUGUCAACGAUCAUGAACAACUUCACGCAUUAUUCGAUUCACUCCAAGAUAGUUUCUUUGUCAUCUGUCAGCGAUCGCUUUACUUAUACGCACGUUUUCAAAGUUAUUCUCCGCUAUUACACAGUGCUCAUUCGUCUUAUCGAUUUUCUCUCUCAAAAUAUGCAUCAUCAUUCGCAAUUGAUCAACCUCCAUUUAUAGAUCUGUGUGUUCAUGCAACAAAUCAUUCUCAUUUAGAACAAAUCCAAUCUCGUCUUCGUUCUCGGGCAACGAAAUCUUAUUCAUCUGUAAAUAUAUUCUUGUUCGAUUUUAAUUAUACACAAGUAAGUAUCACACUCUAUGAAUUAAACAAAAACUCCACUCAUCUCGAACGUGUCUCAAUUCAUACCGGCUGGUUACGUGAUCUCUAUUCGCAAUUUGACUCAUUCAAAUAUAAUUAUGCCCUAUCGACCGUACUAUUCGAUGGUUUAUCGUUAGGACAAAGUUUUGUAGAUUAUUUUCGGUACUCUCGCAUUCCCGUUCCAGCUGAUCCACUAUUGGCUUUAACUGAAAUGGUGCAAGAAUCGGUUUUAACACUUCCAUUAUGUGCAUUUUCAUAA